AUGGCCAAAGACGAGCCGUCAGCAGAGCAAGCUGCGCCCGAAGAUGCCGCUGACUUGCUUGGUGAGUUAGCUGUGGAUCAGCCACUGGAGCAGGACAUCGGCAAUGCCGCGGCUGCAGUUCCAGAGGAGUCGGCAGUGCUGCUUGACACGAUGGCCAAAGACGAGCCGUCAGCAGAGCAAGCUGCGCCCGAAGAUGCCGCUGACUUGCUUGGUGAGUUAGCUGUGGAUCAGCCGCUGGAGCAGGACACCGGCACUGCCGCGGCUGCAGUUCCAGAGGAGUCGGCGCUGCUGCUUGACACGAUGGCCAAAGACGAGCCGUCAGCAGAGCAAGCUGCGCCCGAAGAUGCCGCUGACUUGCUUGGUGAGUUAGCUGUGGAUCAGCCGCUGGAGCAGGACAUCGGCAAUGCCGCGGCUGCAGUUCCAGAGGAGUCGGCGCUGCUGCUUGACACGAUGGCCAAAGACGAGCCGUCAGCAGAGCAAGCUGCGCCUGAAGAUGCCGCUGACUUGCUUGGUGAGUUAGCUGUGGAUCAGCCGCUGGAGCAGGACACCGGCACUGCCGCGGCUGCAGUUCCAGAGGAAGCUGCAGCGGCUUCUGCAGAUGUGGCCAAAGUGGCGCCACCAGAGCCAGAGCAUGAGGAGUCGGCAGAGCUGCUUGACACGAUGGCCAAAAACGAGCCAUCAGCGGAGCAAGCCGCGCCAGAAGAUGCCGCUGACUUGCUCGGUGAGUUAGUCGUGAACAAGCCGCCGGAGCAGGACACCGGCACUGCCUCGGCUGCAGUUCAAGAGGUGCCUGCUGCGGAUGUGACGAUGAAUGUGGCCAGCAAGCCACCUCCGCCACCUUUGCCACCAUCAAAGGCACAGACAGAGUUGGAUGAAGAGCUGCGAACAAAGCAGGACGAGCUUGAGUCUGUAAAGCGAGCUGCUCAGUGCCGGCUCGAGGAAAUCACGCAAAAAGCCAAGGAGCGGUACGACCAGGUACUGGCCGAACACGAGAAGGAGAGACAGGCUCCCUUGCCCCAAUGA